CACAUAUGCGACUUUCAUUGUCAAUACAUCACUCAAAAAGAUUUAUUUUUUAAGUGCAGUUCAUAUAACGGUAUAUAUGUUAUAUUUUCUAUUAAAUAAUGCACGCAGAGUUCAAUUGAUGUAUUUUGUGUAAUUUGCAUGGUGAAAAAACGACACGUGGACUAACGUAAAGUGACAUUCUAAUAAUAGUUGGACUAGAUAUGUCGAUAAUGUGGCUUAAUUUCCAACACUGCCUCUAAGUGUAGUCUGCUGUCCCGUAUGCUGCUGUAAUAAACACUGUACAAAAAAAAGGAAAGAAAAAAAGGAAAGAAAAAAAAGUAGGCUUGGCUAAAUUCCCUGAACUCCACUAAUCUACACAUCAUCUCCUUCCCGUUUCCAGACGGUAUUGAUCAACCCCGGGCUUUACGUCAGUAUUGAUAACUUUGCCAAAAGCAAAAUCAAGUGCAAGUGUCCAGUUAAUGUUGGGAACGGAGGCACGGACACACUUGCUCUUUACUUUUUCAAAGACCCGGGCAGUUCUCCAAAAAAUAAUAUAUCGUCUACUUUUCCCCCCCCGGUCGCUUCCACAAAAACAUGUUGGCAGACUUGUCAAACCCAUCGGCGGAGUCUCGUGUCAAGUCAGUUCGCUAUUUUUUUCUAAAAGUGGGACCGCUGAUCGUAAACGUUGUUUAACGAGGGGGAAUCCAGCCCACAUAUUUAUUGCAGCCGUUGGGAAAAAAAAUCUCCUCAAUAUCCCCCAAGAUGGCCGCCGAUGUAGGAUCGAUGUUUCAAUAUUGGAAGAAAUUUGAUCUACGGCGGCUUCAGAGGGAGCUCAACUCUGUAGCGUCUGAGCUGGCUGGUCGACAAGAGGAGAGCGAACAUUCCCACAAGCACCUGGUAGAGCUGAGCCGGGAGUUCAAGAGAAAUGUCCCCGAGGAGGUCCGGGAGAUGGUGGCACCUGUUCUCAAGAGUUUCCAGGCCCAGGUGGUUGCUCUGAACAAGCGCAGCAAGGAGGCCGAGUCUGCGUUCCUGGGAGUCUACAAACAGCUUAUCGAGGCCCCAGAUCCAGCACCUGUGCUGGAGGCCUCACACACCCUGGAAGAGAGGCUGCAGCACCUUCACAGUUCGGCCCCAGACAGCGAGGCCCUGGUACGAGAGAUCAGCGGGCACUGGAAGAAACACCUGGAGUACCUUGAAAAGACAGAGCCGUCAGAGGACAGUCCGGAGGUCUCAGGGGCAGCAGGGACAGAGGAGGCCCCAGGAUCCAGCUCUCCAGCCCCCCUGAUGACGCCCAACAGCACACCGGCCCCCAGGGCCCCCGGUUCUCCGCAGCAGAACUACCAGGACCGAGCGGAGAACCGAGGAAAUAUGUUCUUCUCCCAGGAGGAGGAGGAGGAGGAGGAGGAGAGCGCCAAUGUCGGCCUGGCUGACAGACUAUCAGAGGCCGAGGAGAAGAUCAAGGUUCUGCAUUCAUCUCUGGACACCGCCCAGACGGAGCUGCUGGACCUGCGGUGUAAAUACAACCAGGAGAUGACCAACAAGGCCGAGGAGGUCGACGCCAUCAUGGAGAAUCUCGAGAAAGCCAACCAGAGAGCGGAGAAGGCCCAGAGGGAGGUGGAGAGGCUCAAGGAGCAGAUCGCCAGUGGCCAGAGAGCCGCCACAGGGAGCUGCCAUCCAGCAGAGGGCGCUAGCAGGGAGAAGAGCGAGAACGGCGAGGUGUUGCCCUCCCAGCUGGAGGCUGCCUUGCUGGCUAAAGACCGCGAAAUCCUGCGACUUCUCGAAAACAUUCAGCGGCUGCAGUUCACGCUGCAGGAAGUUCAGGAGACCUCGGCCAAUCACAUUCUGGAGCUGGAGCGCCAGCUGGCCUAUAAGACGGAAGCCAUCGAGAGAUUAGAAGCUAAACUGCAAUCGCAGAUGGACUAUGAAGAGAUUAAAACUGAACUCAGUAUCCUGAAGGUCAUGAAGAUGGCUUCAGCCAAUGGCAGCUCGUCCCAGGAUGCUGCCAAGGCUGCAGAGGCUAUUUUGCGGGACAAAGAGGCCUUCCUUCCAGCUCACAAAUACCUGGUGGAAAAGGCCCGAAUUUUGCACAGCAUUGAUGAUGACCAUUCUGAGAAUGCAGGGAGAGAGACUGGCAGGCCGCCCGGCUCCCACUCGGCCUCCUCUCACGCCAAUGGCCGCGCCUCCCCCAGCCCCGGCCCCCCCACAUUGGACGGCUCCUCCUCCAGCCACGAUCUACCGCGUCCGUUUUCCGUGUCGCCGUGCUCCAGGGACCGACUGUCCGGAGACCACGUCCUCCACCGGCAGCUCCUCUCCCCACACUUUAAGAAGGAGGGCCUCGUGGCUUUUCCCAGCUCCCUCUACGCCGCCAAGGUCGCCCUCAUGUCGGCCACCCAAGGCUCCGUGGGGUCGGGCAGCGUCGACGCCGGCCUGCCCAGCGACCAGUCGGAAAGCGGCAGCUCGACGGCGGGAGACGACGACCAGGUGGACACGGCGGAGAUCGCCUUCCAGGUGAAGGAGCAGCUGCUGAAGCAUAACAUUGGCCAGCGCGUGUUCGGCCACUACGUGCUGGGCCUCUCCCAGGGCUCGGUCAGCGAGAUCCUGGCAAGACCCAAACCCUGGAGGAAGCUGACGGUGAAAGGCAAAGAGCCUUUCAUCAAGAUGAAGCAGUUCCUCUCGGAUGAACAGAACAUCCUCGCACUUAGGACCAUCCAGGUCCGACAGAGAGGGAGCAUCACUCCGCGCAUCCGAACUCCUGAAACUGGGUCAGACGACGCCAUCAGGAAUAUCCUGGAGCAGGCCAAGAAGGAGAUCCAGUCCCAGAGGGGAGGUGAAGGCAAGUCGUCUGUGCACAGCUCCUCGGGCAGGAGCAGUAACGGGGCCGGCAGCGGCUCGGACGAAACCAUCAAGAACAUCCUGGAUCAGGCCAGGAGGGAGAUGGAGGCCCAGCAGCACGCCCUGAUGGAGAUGGAGGUCUGCGGGAGGGGCUCAACCGCGAGCACAGGGCCUCAGGUAGAGCGUCUGGGGCCCCCGGAGCGCUCCAGGGGCCUUCCUCUACCCAUCUCCAUCAAACAGGAGGAAGGAGGCUGCGUGACAGUCUGCAUGGCCAACCCCAUCAGCAACCCCCAGACGCCCCUCAGCGUCCUCUCCCCGGCCGCCUUCGUCCAGAACAUCAUCCGCAAAGUCAAAUCGGAGAUCGGUGAAGUGGGCACCUACUUCGACCAGCACUGGUCUCACGAGCGCGGCUCCAUGGUGAUCAGCGGCAUCGGGAGCUCCCUGCCCUUCAACUCAGUCUCCCCCUCCUUGUCCUCCUCCUCUUCCGGGCCCUCCGCCAUGCCCCGGCCCUGGCCCCGUCUGGAGAACGGCGAAUGUCCCCCCAACAGCGAGGAGGCCUCCGCCGCCGAGGACGAGCUGGGCCCGGGUCGGCCCGCGGAGGUGAAAGUGGAGUCGGACACAUCGGUGAGCGGAGAGUCCCCCGGGCCGGGCCCCGGGAGGCUCUCCUACUACCCGGGGUACAUCCCCCGGGCCCUCAAGCCCACCGUGCCACCGCUGACCCCAGAGCAGUACGAGAUGUACAUGUACCGAGAGGUGGACACCCUGGAGCUGACCAGGCAGGUGAAGGAGAAGCUGGCGAAGAACGGCAUCUGUCAGAGGAUCUUUGGUGAAAAGGUGCUGGGCCUUUCUCAGGGCAGCGUGAGCGACAUGCUGUCACGGCCCAAACCCUGGAGCAAGCUCACCCAGAAAGGAAGGGAGCCCUUCAUCCGCAUGCAGCUGUGGAUCCUGGACCAGCUCGGCCAGAGCCUCAGCCAGCCCCCGAACCACAGCCACACUCUGGAUAAAAGCCCAGUGACGGCCCAUUCCUCGCCCUCCCCGCCUCUAAGCCCGGCAGAGAGCCACCCGAGUCCUCUGGUUGAGCCGGUCAGCCUCUCCCUGGAGAGCAGCAAGGAGAACCAGCAGCCUGAGAGUCUGGGCCUGUCCCCCCACCCAGAGGGAGGGAAGUCCACCCCUGGCUUCAUGGUCCUGCACCAGCCCACCAACCCACUGGGUAUCCAAGAGCUUGUGGCCAUGUCUUCGGAGCUCGACACCUACGCCAUCACCAAGAAGGUCAAGGAGGUGCUAAUGGACAACAACCUCGGCCAGCGUCUUUUCGGGGAGACCAUCCUGGGCCUGACUCAAGGCUCGGUGUCCGACCUGCUCUCCAGGCCCAAACCCUGGCACAAGCUCAGCCUGAAGGGCCGGGAGCCGUUUGUGCGCAUGCAGCUGUGGCUCAACGAUCCUCACAACGUAGACAAGCUGAGGGCCAUGAAGAAGAUCGAGAAGAAAGCCUAUCUGAAAAGGCGGUACGGGCUGCUGAGCACCGGCUCGGACAGCGACUCGCCGAGCACUCACUCUGAGUGCGCGAGUCCGGCCUUGGCUUCGCUCGACCUUUGCCCCUACAGCCAGGCGAAGAAGCCUCGAGUGGUGCUCGGAGCUGAGGAGAAAGAGGCCCUGAGGAGAGCCUACCUCCUGGAGCCCUACCCCUCUCAAAACACCAUUGAGAUCCUGGCCUCCGAGCUCAAACUCAAAACUAACACUGUCAUCAACUGGUUCCACAACUACAGGUCCAGGAUGCGACGGGAGGUGCUGAUGGAGGGUCUGCUGGACAACGACACAGACGGCGAGCUCCACAGCGACUCCCCCUCCAUGACGCGGAGCCCCAACUCCGAUGGGGAGGAGAGGCGGCUGCAGCAGCUCUCGGGACACAUCCACUCCAGCCUCCCUCUUCGCGCCAACACGCCGCUGCCUCACGUCAAACAGGAGGCGAUAGACAGGGAAGACGAGAGGGAGGAGGGAAAGGAGGGCGCCGUGAAACGAGAGCCCCGGGUCCAGUGUUUCUCCACGGCGGUGCAGUUCCCACAGUUGAAGAGCGAGCGCGAGGAUUCCAUCGCCGGCUGCCGCGAGCCCCAUUCGGCGGGCCAGAGCCUGAGGCAGGAAGAGGGGACGAGCAGCCAGGCUCAGGGGCUCUACGCGGGCACAGGCUCCACGGACGGCGCCCAGAGAAGCAUCCAGUCCAGGCACGAGGGGGACGACUCCGGGAAGUCCCCCGAGGACCCCGUCAGCUUCAAGGCCUCGUGCGAGCCCUGCCGCAGCAGCCUGGAGGUGUCCCUCAACUCGCCCUCCGCUGCGUCUUCCCCCGGCCUCAUGAUGUCGGUCUCCCCCGUGCCCUCCUCCUCCGCUCCCAUAUCGCCCUCGCUGCCCAAUCCGCCCUCAACGAGCACCAAUCACAGCCUGGACCCCAAACAGCUCCCCCCCUUCCAGGGCCCCAAACUCAACAGAAGCUCUCAGAGACGCACUGAGAAAAUGGCCAACCUCAAUAACAUCAUCCACAGGCUAGAGAGAGCAGCCAAUCGAGAAGAAACACUGGAAUGGGAGUUUUAAGUCCCCCUUUUCCUGUAUUUAGUGCUGGAGACCCUCGCGGCACAUAGGAGAGUCUCACGUAGAAGCCUGAGCGGAGCCUGGCUCCCGAAGGCCUGUCCUCUCAGACUGAUAACUUAUAAGGAACGGGAACGCAGAACAUAACAUGUGGCUACAUUUCCGACAAGAACUUGGAGAGUUUAAAAAAAAAAAAAUUAUUGUAAAAAAGUAUUGGGUUUUUUUGUUGUUGUUUUUUUGGUUUGUUUUUGAUAAUGCAUACUACUUUGAAAUAUAUGUGACAGCACUAGCUGUUGUUUUACCUAUUGGACUUGACAUGAAGACUUUUGCAGCUAUGGUGUCAUAAAAUGUACACUGAAGUUCUGUUGAUUGCCACUGGGUGAGAUUAAAAAAAGACCCCUGUCUUAAGCCAUUAAAAGCACUAUAACUAUUUGAAAAGAGACAUUGACCAAAUUUGCUACUUUUUGAAUAGCAAUUUUUCAGAUUUUGUCUAUAAGACUGGACAGUUUAAGUCAAGUAACAUGAAAUCCUAAUACUGACUGAGGGAUAGUCCUUUAAGACUCUAAAUAUUCAACAUCUUGUAUGUACUUAGUUUCUUGGUGAUAUGUUUUGAAAUAUUUGUAACUCACGUAUAAAAUGUGGUUGUACAUGUUGUAGAAUUGUCUGCAAUAGCCUUCUCUAAACCCGAUGUAGCAUGGUACUCACCUGACCCUGUUACCCUCUGUAGUUAGUCACCUGUGAUUAUACUUGAGCGAAAAACAACUGGAAAAAAAAGAAGUUUGAAAACCCUGCAAAAAAUAUGAAAAAAGGAAACGUUAAGUCAAACGAGUAGAGUACUUUUAGUGUUCGUUUUUUCUUCUUUUCUUUGUGUAAUCCUUGAGGUUUACAGUUUAGGGCCCUUGUGCUUUCGGUAGUUAGUGAAACAUUCACUACACAUGAGCACAGUUUACAUGAUUUAUUUCAGACUUACCUCUCUGACCCUCGCAGGCAUUGCUUCUCCGACUGUAACAGGCCAAGACACACCUGGUUUACCUCAGAUUAUGUUGAUGCACAUCAUGCUUUCAUUCUUAUACAUAAACACGACCCACACUUAUUUGAAUCGACGGAGGGAAAGUCCUCCGUGCCACGGCUCGGACGUGCGGAAGUGGCGAGUUUUAAUGAGCAAAAUCUGUCUUUUACAAAGAAUAUGCUGCUGUUUGAAGAGAUAGGGAGCUAAUAAUUCCGUUAUAUGUGUGUGUAUUAUGAUCCUCCUCACAGGUAAAUGCCUGAUUGAGUGCACUUUUUCUCAAAAUUGGGUCAUUUAUUGUAGUUAGGAUAUACGUACUCGAUCAACGCGGUGUGAUAUGAAAGGUUGCCUGCUGUGAUUUGGUUUCCCUGUGGGCGAAAGCUGAGAGCAAGCUGCAGUAUGACCUCUCAUCAACAUGAAAACAUCCAAUCUGUAAGUAGACUAUAUUCAAGGACACACAAGGUUACAGGUAUCCCCUCAUAUUAUCUUUGACCACUUGUGUAUCGUGUCUGUAGAAGUUUCUUUGUCAUGCUUGCAAUAUGUUCUUUAUGUAUUUUGCCUCUAUUUUAUACUCAGAACAGUUAACUAGAUAUUCAAUACCUCGUGUAUGAACUACUUACAGCACUUAGAUUUUGAUAAUUGUGAGGAAUCAAGAAAAUGUCAAAUAUCAACAUUAUCCUAACUUAGUGUCCACGAGUCUUUGCCUUUACUGUAUCGUUGAAGUUGGUAGUAAAACACUUGCACAUGUCUACAUAGUUCAGAGGACUUGGAUUGUAUUAUGUAGAGAUAUAUAUUACACAAUUACAACAACAAAAACACAAAAAAAUCUUACAUUCUUGGAACAAAAUGUGCUGAUUAUAUUGAAAUAGAGUGUACAGAUUUAAUAAACCAAACCCAUUCAAGCCAGUUCUGGUCUGGCAAGCUUGCCCCCGUUUUAGACCUUCUCUCAGGGUAGUCUUGCUUUUUAAAGCUUUACUGAAACAGUUGCGCUCAUCAGUGGUGGAGACGACGAUAAACACGACGCGGCGUGGAAAACGAGUCCGUUGCAUAUUCAAGGGAUCGAUGGAAGUCGUGUGUGUGUACAGGAAAUGCAACUUUCACAGCAAGUGGCGGUUUGUUGCUGUUUUGUGAUCCAUUACACAGAUGUGUCCAAGUACCGGGCCGAUGGGAACCAUCAGAAUGAGGUCGCAUCUUCUGAGAUCAGUAGACUUUGCUCUCUAAAAUACUGUUGUUGUUUUUUUUUCUCUUGGAGCCGCAGAAGAUUUUUCUCUGGUUUUUUCGUACCACCAUUUCUUUGUGUGCAUAAUAUACUGUAUGAUCAGCGGUGUCAUUUCUAAUGUGGAGAUGCCAUUGUCUUUCAUGGUAACGUGGACAUAUGACUGAAAAAGAAAUGUAUUUAAAUGCAUUAUCUCUUCAUGUAAAGCUCAUCUCAUUGUUUUGCAUGCGAAUCCAUUCUGGUCUGAUUACAACGGAUAGGACUGUGUUUUGUGUUGUUGUUCUUGCACAGGGACAUUAAAUCAGCACUUAAAAGUCGUUUUACACGAGUGACGUCCAUGCAUGGUGCAGCUGAUCGGUCCGGCUCUCACAAAGUCAGAACCGAUCCGGUCAAAUCAGAACCCGAUAACUUACUUCCAGGUUAAAUAUUUAAAUCAAGAUUAUUUUGUGCCAUAUCAUAUGCCUCAUGCAUUAUCCUCACAGGAGUAAUGCUUUGUGGUAAAGUAGGAUUUAAGAGGGGUGUUGGACUUUUUGUUACCCAGUAACAAAUGCCCUACACAUUAGAUGUUUUGUUAUUUUGUAGUAAUUGACAUUAGUCACUAAAUAAUGAGGCAAUUGGUUAGCAACAUUUGAAUGAUUGUAUUCAGAGUUGUUAAUACAAAAAAAACAAUAUUUACAACUCUGACACUGAGGGUUUGUCACAAAGAAAAUGUUUUAUUUGAAAGUCAGCUGUGAAUCAAUAAAGAGAAUUGUCCUGCAGGCGUAUUAAAUAAGGGUCUGACAUGUCAGUAAAUGUUAAAGAAUGGACAAAAGUAUGCCGAGCCUCUUUGAAUUGAAUUUGCAUAUGUAAACCAUCAUUCAAUACAUAAUUGUUUAAGAUC